AUGACGGAUCGUCGGUCUCGCCCUCACCCCCACGUGCCAGAGCCCGUCCCGAUCGAGUGGUUCUGGAUCAAGCCUGGCCCGUGGGAGAACCCGACACCCGAGAUGGAAAAGUUGAUGAACGAGGAGGGGGCGGAGCGCCGCAAGCCGUUCAUGAGCGGUGCGACGACUGCGGCAACCACUCCAGAAGUGGUGAGUGCAUCGUCGGCAGCAGCAUCGGGGCCACCGACGCCGCUCCCGACGGACCGACGCGGGCAACCAGAUCGGCAUCGGCAGCACGCAGAUCGAGGAGAUCGUGCCACAGUACCUUGCCUCCACACGGUGUGGUCCGCACCCUACAUGCAGGGCCUUGUCCCACGAUGGUCCCUAUUGCUGUGCACCCUGCACAUCGCGCGUGCGCUGGAAGUGAUCUCUUCUUCAAGGGUGCAGCCCCAGGACUGGUGGGCGCAGACAAUGUCGGCGACAAACUCCUCCAUCUUGCAGCAGUGGACCGCGUCUCACGACAUCGAGGAGGAGUACCUGAGGGAGCUGCGCGGCAUCGCGGAGGCGGCGGCGCACCCGAGCGUGACGCUGGAGAGCCUGGUUCUGCUCCAGCUCGCGUACGAGCUGGACUGGCCGCACUUCUGCAUGUCAAUCAUUGCGGCGACGCCGAACG